GUGUGGAAUUGUUUGUUUGUGUAUUAACAACUGAGGCAAAACCAACAAGAACAACAAGCAAAAACAGUAGCCCUCUUUACUGAUCUCAAAUGACCAUCUCUUCUCAUCUCUUGGCGAGCAUCCUCGUCGUUGUCGCCGUCGUCGUAGUCUUUCACACCAAACCAAAGACAUCCCAUACCCAACAACAAACAAAAACAAUAACAAAGAUGAGCGCACUCUUUCUUGCGCCAUGAGGACGAGGAGGCGAAAGAAGAGCAUUUGGGAGGAAUUCCCAAAUGUCCAACAAAUGAUGGGAUGGAACAACGAAAUACUGCUGCUAUAAGUGCGGUCGAGAACAAUGUAACGAUUUCAGUCAGUCGUGUGGGAGAAAGCCAUCAACAACUUACAGAAGAGCCAACCCGCCAAACAACAAAUACUUAAAAAUAAUAAUUUUCUACUUUAAUAUUCUAAUUAAUUUGGUUAAUAAAGCCUACCACCACCCCACCAACCAUUAGUCACUCGACCAUGGAUUACUAUGCAGCGAACUAUGCCCAAGUGGAAAUGUGCUCGUCGAACAGUCGCAUAAGUCAUUCCGAAUCUGAUUCAUCCAAUGGAAAACCAAGACAAGCGGUAAAUGCCCGGGAGCGUUGUAGAACCCAAAGUGUCAACAGUGCCUUCAACACAUUACGGACCCUAAUUCCAACCGAACCCUAUGAUCGAAAACUAUCAAAAAUUGAGAUAUUACGAUUGGCUAAAAGUUACAUCGCGCAUUUGGAUGCUGUUAUCGUAACAGGCAACACGGAGAAGCCAUGUUCCAUGUAUUCCGCUGACACCCAUCAAUGUAAAGAUCGAACUGAUGGCAGAACCAGUAUAUGUACAUUCUGUGCCAAUAACUCUAAUAGAAGUUAAGGCAAUAGUCUAACUUAGAAAUAGUCACAUAUACCUACAUACGGCCGUAUUUACAGAACUAUUGGGUUGCCCAAAAAGUAAUUGC